AUAGCAGCUGAGGCCGCCUUACGGGGCGGGGACUCUUCCUACCGUCUGGCCAGGGCUGAGGUAAAAGGCAUAAACUCCAAGGCUGAGGUGGCGCAGGCCCAGGCGGCCUUGGCAGUCAAUAUAUGCGCCGCCCGAGGGCUGCAGGAUGUGCUGCGGACCAACUUGGGUCCUAAGGGAACCAUGAAAAUGUGAGACGGCGGUUGGAGCGGCGGUUAGGGCGUCGGGGUUUGUUGGGUGUCCGGGCGCGCUGUGAGGCAGACGUUCCACAAAGAGUUGGGAGCGAUGUGGACGCACUUGUGGGCCUGCUUUCCCUCGUUCUCAUUCCUGCCCUGAGCUCAUUUCUAGUCUGGUGGGAGAGGAGGAGAAAUGCUACCCGAAAAAAGGGCUCACUGUGACUCCUCCCUGCCCUCCAACUUCUCGGCUUGUUUCUGGUGCAGGAGACAUGAAACUCACCAAAGAUGGCAAUGUACUGCUCCAUGAGAUGGGCCUGCACCCUAGAAUAAUAGCUGAAGGAUUUGAAGUUGCAAAAAUAAAGGCACUUGAAGUUUUGGAACAAGUUAAAAUUAAAAAAGAGAUGAAAAGAGAAAUCCUCUUAGAUGUGGCUAGAACAUCUCUACAAACUAAAGUUCAUCCUCAGCUGGCUUAUGUGUUAACAGAGGAGAACGGGAUCAGGGAAGUUUUCAAAGCUACUGGUAAUUUUCUGUUUCUUAAGCUGGGUGGUUGUGUGGUUCCAGGAGCAGGUGCAGUUGAAGUGGCAAUAGCUGAAGCUCUAGUUACAUACAAGCACAGUAUAAAAGGAAGAGCUCGUCUUGGAGUCCAAGCUUUUGCUGAUGCUUUACUCAUUAUCCCUAAGGUUCUUGCUCAGAAUUCUGGAUAUGACCUGCAGGAAACACUAGUGAAAGUUCAGGUUGAGCAUUCAGAAUCAAAGCAACCUGUUGGCAUAGAUUUGAAUACAGGUGAGCCAAUGGUAGCAGCAGAUGCAGGAGUUUGGGAUAAUUAUUUUGUGAAAAACCAACUUCUUCACUCUUGCACAGUGAUUGCCACCAACAUUCUCCUGGUUGAUGAAAUUAUGGGAGCUGCAUGGUUCCUCCUGGAUAGUUCCACCUUCUAUCCAGUUUCCUCCACUUGGGAUGGACUCCAAGCAUUGCAUUCACAGGUACAAGGUCUAAUAAAAAUGGCUUAUGUCUGA